CGCUGAACUAAGACAGGUUCUAAACAUCUCUCAGAACUUUUUAGCAUUUCUUUGAUUUUAAGCAGAUGGUUCUUCAAAGGCUUCGUGCUUCAGUUGGCUGAGAUGAGCGUUCACGGUUAGAGUGACACUUCUGAGAUUUUUGCCAAGUUUACUCGUCUACUGUGAAGCAUUUGUUGAAUGGAUCGAUAAGGAUGAUCGCAUGCUGAACUGACUAAUCAGUGGCCUCAUUGGAACAUGGCUGACGACCUCUACAGCAGCACUUUCUCAGCUUCUGAAUCAGACUUCCCCUCCUCCUCUUCAUCCUCCACCUCCUUCCUCACGCUCGAACAGAGGGCAGCUUUCGUCUUUGUCCUCAUCCUCUUUAUUUUUCUUGGUCUACUGAUUGUCCGCUGCUUCCGGAUCCUACUUGACCCCUACCGCAGCAUGCCAUCCUCCACCUGGACAGACUACAUGGAGAAGGAUACAUUUGAUUACCGGAUUUCCUGACAGGCAGCCUGAGAGGCAGCAACCCUGACAACUAAACAUGUAAAAUGAGGCAAUGAUCAUGCUGAAGGAGAACAGCAACUACCUAAAUGCACAUUUUCUGUUGCUUCUUUUCUUUCAACCAGUGGCAAGUUAUAUUAAAUUUUUUUUAAUAUGAC